AUGUUCGCAAAUUUUGGCGAUGUAUCCCGUGUGAUCGUGGAAGGCGACGACACGGACAGCAGCAGGUUGCACCAUUCCUCCUCUGCGCCCUCCGCCGCACCUUCCGUUGUUGUGGUCUUCACGCGGCCGGAGUCCCUCCGGCGCCUCUUAAAGACCGCGUCGCUUUCCGCGUCCUCUAAGGCGUCUCUUAAAGCCAAGGCUCAGGCCAAGGCAACGAUAACGGAUCCCGACCCGCCAACGCAGGGGGGGAAGGCGGAGGGGGACGCGGAGGGAAAAGGGAAGGGGGAGGCGGAGGGGGAGGAGGCGCAGCAGCCUCUGUGGCCUGCGUGGGGGAUGGAAGGAUGGUUGAAUGCGUAUGCAGAUGAACGGCCAGGAUUGGCGCAUCUGCAGGCGGAGGCAGAUGCUUACAUCAGCGAGUAUGAGGACAGACUCGAGAGGGAGCGACGUGAGGCAGAGGAGAGAGCGCUCCGGUCACAGGAGGAGGACGGGUGGACCGUCGUGCGUUCGUCGUCUGCAUCUCGCCGCAACCGCGACCCCUCUUCGGGUGUCUCCAUGGGUGUGAUUUCCAAGUCGCGCGCUCAGUUCCUCGCAGUGAAGCUGCAGCAGAAGCAGAAGAAGCAGCAGGCUGCAGCAGCUGAAGCGCUCAAGUUCUACCGCUUCCAGCACAGAGAGGCGAGACGACAAGAGCUGAUGGAGCUUCAGAAGAAGUUUGACAGCGACCGCAAGCGCAUUGCCAAGCUUCGGGAUGCACGCAAGUUUCGUCCUUAUUAA